UCUAGAACAAAUCAGCUGGCGUUCUGAAUCGAAACCUUACUGUUUUUUUUUGUUUACAACUCACGUUCCGUUAUCAUACAAACGGCAAGGCACGACGCGAAUCUGUCUUCUUUUUUUUAUAUUGCUAAGUGCAGCGAGCUCUUCUCUGCUUUACCCCCGCGAUAAGAAGUUGUUUCCCUUAGGAGAACCCCAAACUCCGUAUUCCGAACCCAUUUCAGAUCUAUAAGUGACCAUGUCCUCCGGAAAGAUCCUGCCACGUCGCCAGGCGGUGCCUGUCCUCUACACCAGGGGCACCCACUAUGAAGUGGGCUUUGAUAUGGGACGGACAUUCGGUUCGAUGAUCAAGAACUUUCUGAUCUUAUCGAAGCCUCUCAACGAGACCUACUUGCCGCUCUACCAAUCCCCAAAAGGCAGGCAAAUCUAUAAUGAGACCCUGGGAUCGGUGAAGGACAGCUUCCCGCAAUAUAUUCGCGAAUUGGAGGGCGUGGCCGAUGGUGCGGAGGUGGAAUUCCAUAAGCUAUUUUUACUGCAUCUGGACGAGAUUCUGCCGCAGGCACUGAAGCAUCAGCCGCGUAGCAAGAACCAACCCACCGGCUGUUCCACGAUCAUUGUCAACCAGAAGAAUUGCCGCCUGCUGGGCCACACCGAGGAUGCUCUGACGGAGACUCUCAACCAUUACUAUUUCGUGGUUGCCCACAUCAUCAGCGACAAGCCGCAGGGCAAGUACAACGUCAAGGAGGAGCACUUUAUGUCCUUGUGCUACGCCGGACACCUGCCCGGCUACACCAUGAGCCAAAACCACCACGGACUGGUCUUUAGCAUCAACACCAUCAGUGCAGAGCUUUUGAGGAGCGGCAAGACCCCUCGACACUUCAUCACCCGAGCCUUAUUGGCCACCAGCAAUGUGGACGAUGCCUUCCGGGUGCUCAAGGAUGCGGGAGUGGGAGCUGCAGAUGCCUGCUCCAUCAACUUUACCUUCCUGGCUGAUCCGCGCCAGAUGUGCUACAAUGUGGAGAUGGCUCCCUCGCCAGAGCGCAAAAACGAAUCCCAUUUGAGCAUCAAGGAAGUGCCGUUGGGCGAGCAUAACUACCAUGUCAAUCAAUUCGAUCGUAUCCGGCAGGAUCAGGCCAACGAUCUGAUGAUCGACUCGAGCAUCUCGCGGAUGCGGACCUUCGGCAGCUACAAGCCACCGAUGAGUGAGCAGGAUGUGCGCCAUAUGCUGGGCGAUGUUUCUGGCGGCGUCUACUGCGUCUGGCGGGAGAAUAACAGCUGCGACGAGGUGGUUAAGACCAUUGCGGUGGGCAUCUUCGAUCUUAGUGCCAAGACAAUCUCCCUGUACUCGGACAACCCCGGCGAGACGGAGCCCCACUGCCGGCUGCCGCUCCUCUUCAAGUAGAUUCGAAAUCUACUUCCCUUACUUAAAAACAUUCUCAAAUGACUAUAAUAUAAACUUGAUCUAUGAUCUAUAAUCUAUAUGAUAUAUCAGAUGCACGCAUUGCCAGGAAUUUAUGAUCCAGUUGCAUUCUAAGAAAAGGUUUUAUUUUUGAUAAUAAUUCUUAUUUAUGAAAUUUAAAAGAAUUUAAAAAAUAUUGUAUCUCAAAAUACCAUUCCUAAGAAUCCAUAAUUAUUGUCAAUAAUAAUAUUUAUACUAUAUAAUAUGGUCAAUUAUCAGAUCAAAUCAGUUGCAAACUUUGCUAGUAUUUUAGGACUCUUUUUAUCUUAAUGAAAUUAAUUCAAUGUUAAAGUCUAAGUCUAAAUUCUAAAAUUUUUAAUAUAACUAUAUAGACAUUUCAUUAAAAACUUGAUGAUCUUUUUGUCGUUUUUUAAGUGGCCACUGUAUUUAACAAUUUUUUAUACUCUGAUUUUUAUUUUAAAAUAUUUUUGCAUUACUUGUCACAUUUUCCUCUACUCACCUGACCAUUUAAUAAAUUAAAAUAUUUUCAUUUAAAUUAUUAAAGAUAUAUGUCAACUUAUCAGUAUAUGUAUACACACUUUGUACCAAAAAUAGUUUAAAUAUUUUUUUAUUACAAAUUAUUAAAAAAAUUAUUGUCAUCUAUCUAAUAUCUCACCAAUAUUGAUAAUAAUAUUUGAAAUUAUUUAAAGAUCAUAAUUUCGUACUUCUCAAAAUAUGUCAGUUCACCUCACUUCAUUAUUAUGAUUAAUGGACUGCUUUUAUCAACAAUUUAAUCUGGUAUAAAUGUAUGUGUAAAUUGCUUAAAUAAAUAAAUUAUUUUUAUAAAAUUA